UUCCCCGCCUCUUGCCCGGGUGCUGUUGCUUUAAGCUGGAGCCCAGAGAAGGCGAAGGGGGAAAGGCAGAAGCUGCUGCCUUGGCGGGGCCCGGAGUUCCUUGCCCUUGCAGAAAAACAAAAACCACAAAAGGACGAGGAAGGGGGAGAAGGGGCGAGGAAGCAGGGCGCAAAGCUUCGUCUCCGCUCGGCGGCUUCGCCUUCUUUUCACCAGGGCAACCUUCACCUCUCUUUUUCUAGCACUUUUUUGUGGGUCUGCUCCUGUUUCCGUCGCUGCUUCCUCCCCUCCAAAUUCGGACCACAGCCCGGCACAGGAAAGAGGAGCGCUGACAGAUAGAGUCGCGAUCAAGCGCCAGCCACCCCUAGACUACCCCUGCGCCGCCGAUCCGCGUUGACAGGCAGCGAGACCAGCAGCGGCGGCGAGGCAGCCUCCCUCUCGUCUUUCUCUGCACGCCGCCGCCGCCGCCUCUCCCCCCUCCGCCGACACGCAUCCCGCCAGCCCUGGAGAAAAGAGAAGCCGGAGGGCAAGGGGGGGCAGAGGAAGAGCAAGCAGGCAGAAAUCAGGAAGGGUCGCUGCUUCUCUGCCCAGGCAUCAUGUGGAUCUGUUUGUAAGAGGGGUGGGGGGGCCAGAUCCCCUCUCCUUCUCUCCCCCACCCCCACUCCUCCCCCCCCUCUCAACGCAUACGCACAGCCGGAGGCAUAACACGCGUCGACGAGGAAAGAAAAGGCAAAGGAGCCGGAGAGGCCGCGGGGAGUCAUCAGAGAAUUGAUUGUGAAAAAAAAGAAAAGCAGAAGAAAUUAUUUCCUGGCAAGAUGGCCGACUUGGAGGCUGUGCUCGCUGAUGUGAGCUACUUGAUGGCUAUGGAGAAAAGUAAAUCUACUCCAGCCGCCCGGGCAAGCAAAAAGAUCGUGCUACCUGAACCGAGCAUCCGCAGCGUUAUGCAGAAAUACCUGGAAGACCGGGGUGAGGUGACCUUUGAAAAGAUAUUUUCUCAGAAGAUUGGGUUCCUUCUGUUCCGAGACUUCUGCCUGAAUCAGAUGGAGGAGGCCAAACCGUUGGUGGAAUUCUAUGAAGAGAUCAAAAAGUAUGAGAAGUUGGAUUCUGAAGAGGAACGAGCUAUUAAGAGCCGCCAGAUCUUUGACACAUACAUCAUGAAGGAGCUGUUGUCCUGCUCUCACCCCUUCUCCAAGACAGCAACGGAGUAUGUGCAGAGCCGCCUCAGCAAAAAGCAGGUGCCACCUGAUCUCUUCCAGCCAUACAUUGAAGAGAUCUGUCAGUGUCUGAAUGGGAAUGUCUUCCAGAAGUUCAUUGAAAGUGACAAGUUCACACGCUUCUGCCAGUGGAAGAAUGUGGAGCUGAACAUCCAUCUGACCAUGAAUGACUUCAGUGUCCACCGGAUCAUUGGACGUGGAGGCUUUGGCGAGGUCUACGGCUGCCGGAAAGCAGACACAGGCAAAAUGUAUGCCAUGAAAUGUCUGGAUAAGAAACGAAUUAAGAUGAAGCAAGGAGAGACACUGGCCCUGAAUGAGCGCAUCAUGCUGUCCCUUGUCAGCACUGGGGAUUGCCCAUUCAUCGUCUGCAUGUCAUAUGCCUUCCAAACGCCUGACAAGCUCAGCUUCAUCCUGGACCUUAUGAAUGGAGGUGACCUCCAUUAUCAUCUCUCUCAGCAUGGAGUCUUCUCUGAGGCCGAGAUGCGUUUCUAUGCAGCGGAGAUCAUCCUAGGGCUGGAACACAUGCACAAUCGCUUUGUGGUUUAUCGUGACCUCAAGCCUGCCAACAUUUUGCUGGAUGAGUUUGGCCAUGUCCGCAUCUCAGAUCUGGGCCUUGCAUGUGAUUUCUCCAAGAAGAAGCCUCAUGCGAGUGUUGGCACACAUGGGUACAUGGCGCCAGAGGUGCUGCAGAAGGGUGUGGCCUACGAUAGCAGUGCUGACUGGUUCUCUCUAGGCUGCAUGCUCUUCAAACUACUGAGGGGGCAUAGCCCCUUUCGGCAGCACAAGACUAAGGAUAAACACGAGAUCGACCGCAUGACACUCACGAUGGCUGUGGAGCUGCCGGAUUCCUUCUCACCAGAGCUGCGCUCCCUGCUGGAGGGGCUGCUACAGAGAGAUGUGAACCGCCGCCUGGGUUGUAUGGGCCGUGGGGCCCUUGAAGUCAAGGAGAGCCCCUUUUUCCGGGAUCUGGACUGGCAGAUGGUUUUCCUCCAGAAGUAUCCACCACCUUUGAUUCCACCACGUGGGGAAGUGAAUGCAGCAGAUGCUUUUGACAUUGGUUCUUUUGAUGAAGAGGACACCAAAGGAAUCAAGCUGUUGGAUAGUGACCAGGAGCUGUAUCGCAACUUUCCGCUCACUAUCUCAGAGCGCUGGCAGCAAGAGGUGACAGAGACUGUAUUUGACACCGUCAAUGCUGAGACUGACAAGAUCGAGGCCCGCAAGAGAGCCAAGAACAAGCAGCUGGGCCAUGAAGAAGAUUACGCCCUGGGCAAGGACUGCAUCAUGCAUGGCUACAUGUCAAAGCUGGGGAACCCUUUUCUCACUCAGUGGCAGAGGCGAUACUUCUACCUCUUUCCAAAUCGGUUGGAGUGGCGUGGAGAGGGAGAGUCCCCGCAGUCACUGCUUACCAUGGAAGAGAUCCAGUCAGUCGAGGAGACGCAGAUAAAAGAUCGGAAGUGCAUCUUGCUCAAGAUUCGGGGAGGCAAGCAGUUUGUCCUGCAGUGUGAUAGUGAUCCUGAGCUGGUGCAAUGGAAGAAAGAGCUGCGCGAUGCCUACCAGGAAGCUCAGCAGUUACUGCAAAGGGUGCCCAAAAUGAAACACAAGCCACGCUCUCCAGUGGUCGAGCUAAGCAAGGUCCCCCUGAUCCAACGCAGCAGCAGCAGCACUAAUGGCCUCUGACCCUCCUCACCUUCCUCUCCCAUCCUUAAUUUAUUCGGCUGGGUUUGUCCACCGUGCCCACCCUCUCUCCUGUCUAUCUUUGCUGAUCGUUGUGACGUCCACCCCAGCCCCCUGGGGUAUUAUAGUGAGGGGGUGGGGCAUCUAGGAGGUGUGGGACAGGCUUCCCAAUCCCACACCCCAGCACAUGGGGACUGAUACCCACUGAAGGGGAAGGAGCCUGGUGGGUAAGGUAGGUAAGAGUCUACCUGUCCCCAACUGAGCAAGGCUGGAAUUUUGGCCCUGCCUUUUAAUCGGACCAAUGGAAGGAGAUGUCCCGAGGUGUCCUCUGCCUCUUGGACAAUUCCUGCUUCCUCCCUGUGGUGCCAAACCUGCACUUGUGCACAUAGCAGGAGCCUCCCAGAACAUGCUUGUGUAGCUCUUGCUCCCCAUGGGUGAGUGGGAAGGCAUGUCUUCUGUGGCAAAUCCCCUUGUAUUGGCAGAGAGGAAGAAAAAUCUGUGUGACAAUCUGAAUUCCAGCCCCUUUCCCUUCUAGCCCCGGGCUCUUGGCGGGGGUUCCACAGUGGAUCCUGAAGCAAGUGUGCUCUAGCUCUGUCAGAAGAACUCAAGAGUACAUUUAUUUCCACUGCCGUCAUUAGUAAGGCAGCCAGUGUGUGCCAUAAACAUCCCUUUCAGGAUCGUUCUGAAUUUUUACCCUAGGGGGAGGCAUGUUAAGGAAUUGCCUUGAAACUGUUACACUCUUUAACAAAAAUUUCUAACAUAAAUGAAGGUUUGCUUCUGUUCUCUUCUCCUGUUUUCCUGAGUCCAGGUCCCUAAGCCUUACCUAUGCUUACACCUUACCUACACCUCCUUCUUGUCCUGCUGGCUGCCAUUUUCACAGCAGCCUUAGGAAUUAUUAUCCUCUGCCUGUGCUGUCCUGCUGUCUGAGGCCUAAACAGAAUUCUCUGUCAACCGUGCCAAAUUUCAAGCAGAUUUUUGUGCCCCUCCCAGUUGGCCAGUGGAAAGUGUGUAAAGCUGUACUCUGUGACCCCAGGCCAGAUCUGGACACGUUCUCUAUGUUUAACUUGUUCAGACUAUAUCAUUGCCUCUAGCACUUCUUGGGAUGGGGUGAGAACUGCCUGUGCUCUGCUCUCUCCACUGCCAAAACCCAUCCUGCUUUUCUGUGGGAACAGGAAAGGGGCAGCAAGCUUCAUGCUCAAAGAGAUUUUGAGCUGCCUAUGUCUUCUGCUCAGCACCUCUCUAGGUUGGGACUGGGGCUAGAGUGUGGGUGAGACACAGUAGCUGGCAACAGCCCGGAUGAUGCCCUGUGCCAACUCCCAAGUAUUUGAAGGAUUCUGUAAAUAUCUCUGUGCCAAGGGGCUGGGCUGAGUUUGAAAAACUGGGCCCACCAUUCCCUUCCCUUCCAGUAUGCCUUGUAUGAACAGCGUUCCCUCCUCCCCAGCAGUGUUAAUGAUUUCUCCCACAGGAUGGAGAGAAAUCUCAGGUUGAAUUAUCCCUGUUCCCUUCCUUUGCCCUCCAUUUCCAGGGGUUGGGGUGGAUGGCUUUUGGUUGGGGAUCAGGCCUUGUCCCCACAGUCUCAUGCUCCAAGCGCAUGCGAUUGCCUCUGCUGCAUGCCUCCCCCCAUGUGAUGAGUUUUGCCUGUUCUGCCACCCGAUUCCUACACUUUGUCCUUGGCACCUAGCCUUGGAAGGGGAGAGGUGGAACACAGCCCCUUUCCCCUGCAGUGUUUGUAAAUAUUGAUCUCUGGUUUGUCUUUCUGGGUUAUUAUUAUGGAUUUUUUGCCGAUUUUUGAAUGUGAUUUUAAUGAGUGGGAUAAAGACUGUUUUUAUAAUAAAAAAAUCCAAAACCCCCAA